UCUAAUUUCCGAUUAUCUGUAAUUUCAUGUAUUUGUGCCAUCAUUGCGCCUACAGUGUAUAUUCUAGCUGGUGUUGUUUACAUUGCUAAGCAGUGAGUAAAUUACCAGUGAAUCUACAAGUUUUCUUAAUAUGCCAAAUGUUAAGAGUGAAAAAAGGAUUGGCACACACACACAUACACACAUCAUGUUGCCCACACACUAGACACUCCCUCUUUCCCUCUCUCUAUCCCUCUCACUCAGUUGUUCCCGUUCAUCUCUCCCUCUCUGUCUCUCUCUCUCUUACGUGUGUCAAUCUGUGUCAUGGUUGUUUUAUGUUCACAGCUUCCUUCACAGUCCUUAGCAGAGACACUCUCUGUACAGUAAGCUGCUGUCUAACGUUUCCCUGGGCUUUCCUCUGUCACACUCAAUGACGUCUGGGGUCCUUUUUCCCGCUCUAAUCCACCGACAAACAGCAGUCCGGGAGACCUGCUCAGUGCCUGUCCAAAAAUGCAACCAGACAACAGAGGGAGCUGUCUACCUGAACAAGCUAACAUAGUGAACCCAGUGACAUCUCACUUGGAGAACUCACUCACUCAUGUUUAAAAUCCCCCAAGAGACAGUCACAGCGUUUUAACAGACACUCCCAAUGUGAUACUUGCACAAACGCUAGCAAGUUUAAUCUUUUCCGGCAUUCAGAAUCAGUAGUGGUAGUGGUAUGAGCUGUUUAAGUAUGAGUCACAAUCUCAAUAUGUUCUUGCAUCAAACUGGAGAUUUCAGGGUGAAUGACAGGGCUACUUUCAACUGCACAUUUUAGACAGUAUAAUUAACUCCUUUUCUCUCCUUACGUUUUUCUCAUUCAACUCUUAUUUUAUUAACUUGCUAUUUUUAUGACAUUUUCUAUUUAUUGGCCGUUGCUUAGGUUCAGAUAGGAGCUGAAGUUUCUACAACGCUAUUGCCUUUCUUAGCGACGUUCCCUCUGUCUCAACUCCCCCCCACCCCCCCAGUCUCCGUCUCUGUUUGUCUGUAACUCUACCCUGUUUUUUUCGCUCCAUCCCUCCCUCUCCCUGUGACAUACGUAUAGAUGCUGCAUUGAUUGCACACAGAGAGCCUCCCACUCCUUUCAUCAUUGAUGCGCUCUCUCCAGCUGCAGCAGCACUUGUUGAAUUCAGCCCUGGGAGAGGGAGAAGAUGUCCCUCUCACUGAUCUUGUCUGUGGUGACUCUUUAAAGCCCCUCUUCCUCCUCCUCCUCUUCCUCCACCACCAUGUCCCAGCUGCUCCACGUGGAGAUCCCCAGCUUCGGCAGCACCGUGCUGGGCUCCCUCAACGAGCAGCGCCUGCUGGGCCAGUAUUGUGAUGUCUCCAUCCUGGUUAAAGGCCAGCCCUUUAAGGCCCACCGGGCUGUACUAGCCGCCAGCAGCCUCUACUUCAGAGACCUGUUCAGUGGCUCAUCCAAGAGCCAGUUCGAGCUGCCCUCAUCGGUGACUCCCGCCUGCUUCCAGCUUAUAUUAUCCUUCUGCUACACGGGCAAGCUGACCAUGGCAGCCAGCGAGCAGCUGGUGGUGAUGUACACCGCCGGGUAUCUUCAGAUCCAGCAUAUUGUGGAGAGGGGCAUGGACCUGAUGUUCAAGGCCAACUCGCCCCACUGCGACUCCCAAACGGCUGCUAUGGAGGAGCAGCAAUCAGGCUCAGAGCCACAGAGUCCCAGCAACAACACCCUGGCUGGGGCAGGGACCUCCAUCCUGGGGCCGCAGGGCUGGUCCCCCUCCCUGGUGCUGCCCACACGGAAGAUCAAACUGGAGGGAUGCGAUCCGACCCCACUGGGGUUGCCCAGCCUGGGUCAUCAUAAGAGAGGGUCCUCUUCAUCUGACCUGGGGGGACGGCUCUCCAGGGGAAGCUCAUUGUUUUACACAGGUUCGGUCGGGACCACCAUCUUCCCGGGGAUGCAGCCCUACCCAGUGGCCGGGGGAGAGAGGUCCAGUCCUGGGGCCUCCAGCCUGCCCACCACAGACAGCCCUACCUCCUACCAGAACGAGGAUGAGGAGUUUGAAGAAGAACCGUACGACGGGAUCACGGAAGAGGCCUACAGUCAGAUCUAUGGGCGCUCAGCCAACCCAUAUGGAAUCCAGGACAAGCCAGAGAUGGCAGCCAUGCCCCUGUCCCUGGAGAACCGCUCCUGUGUGCUGGUCCGUAGGGACCUGGUGGCCCUGCCCGCCAGCCUCAUCAGCCAGAUCGGAUACCGCUGCCACCCCAAGCUCUACACCGAAGGAGACCCGGGGGAGAAACUGGAGCUGGUGGGAGGUACAUCUGUGUUUAUGACACGGGGCCAGCUGAUGAACUGUCACCUGUGUGCUGGCAUCAAACACAAAGUCCUACUGCGUCGCCUGCUCGCCACGUUCUUCGACAGGAACACCCUGGCUAACAGCUGUGGAACUGGCAUCCGUUCCUCUACCAGUGACCCCAGUAGGAAACCUCUGGACAGCCGUGUGCUCAAUGCUGUCAAACUCUACUGUCAGAACUUUGCGCCCAACUUCAAGGAGAGUGAGAUGAACGUGAUCGCCGCUGACAUGUGCACCAACGCGCGGCGCGUCCGCAAACGCUGGCUGCCCAAGAUCAAGUCCAUGCUACCCGAUGGCAUGGAGGUCUACCGGGCCGGUGUGGGGGUGGCCGCUGGUGUGGGCCUGGGCCUGGCCCUGGGAGCCGCCGGACCCGGGGUGGUGCUCCCCUUCGAAACCGACUUCAAAUCCCUGACCCCCUCUAGCCUUUCCCUGGACCAGAGGCUGUACCCGGAACUCAAGGACCCACUCAGGACUCACGCCCUGUUGGACAUGGGCAGCCCGGGAUCGGGGGUGGCUGUAGGGGAGGACGUGGAUGCGGAGAUCGUUGGUUCCCAAGCAGGGGGGGAUGAGCAGCAGGAGGAGGAAGAGGAGAUGGGUUUGGAUGGUGUGGAGGGAACGAUGAUCCCGGGAGGCGAGGCUGGAGAGCGGAGUAACAUGGCCCCGGGACAGGAAGGGGAGGAGUUUUGAGACGGCCUGAUAGUGAACGGGCAGUGAAUAUCCCCUGACUACUGUCUCCGAUCCAUCCACCGCCACACUUUGUCUAUCGCUUGCUAUUUCUUUUCUCCUCCAUCUCUUGUCCUCCUCCAGGCUCUCCAAAGGGAACCUCUCAGCACGAGAAGCCACGCUUGCAGAACUUACAGUACUGUGCAAUGAACAAACACACACAUAAAAACACACACACUGCAGUGUAUUUUUUAGCAGGACAGGGAGUACAAGAAGUACAAGAUUUUUUAUGCUGAACAGACACAGGCAUUGCUGGGGAACAAGCUAAAUGACUCAGCGAAUAUAAGAAAUCUCUCAUUUAAAAAUGGAAAAACAUUACUUUACUAUUUCUCCAGAUUAUUUUUUGUCUUCUGGUUCAUCUUCAAGACCCAAUUGUAGAAAACUGAACAAAGUAACACUGUUGUGUUAUCAUUCCCGCAGAGUAGUAGAACUUGCUACAUAACAGUUUCAUCUAUGAAUAGAUCAGAUAAGACUGUAAAAUGAUAGCCCUCUUCUUGGAAUAGAUAGAUAUAUGUAUAUGAUCAUUUAAAACACAAAACAACCACACAUGUGUAUAAUGCAUUUAAAAUCAUUAAGUUUGACACAAAAAAAGUUUGAAAACAUAUCUCCAUUGUGAUCCGCUUAAAUAAAUGGUUAAAACAUAAACAUAGUAAUCCUAGGGUACACAGUUGACCUAAACUAUCAGGCAUACUUGGGUUACAGAUAUAAUAAUAAUUCAUACAUUAUUGUUUAACCUGUAUUGCGCUUUUCAAAGGAAAGCAGAAUGGGUUCUGAAAAUAACCUCAGUAACGCUGAAGCAGCACACACUGCACUGGCUGUGUGAGAGACUGAACAUACAGUUCUCUACAGGAACAACAUGGAUCAGUGUAUUUAACACAAAUGACCAUGUUCCUUCUUUAAGUGCCACACAAAUUCUUGGAAGAUAUCACAUGAUCUCAUCUCAACAUACAGAGCAACAAAUCAGUUGAACAAUUGCAUGUGGGGGAAAAACCAAGCAUGUGAUUUUGUGAAAGAGAAGAGACACUUUUAACCUCUUACCCUGCUGCUUAAGGGUUGUGGUUUUCUAACUGAUUGAACACUUGAUCUGGAAAUAUGAAGGGCUUUUUUGUCUAUGGAUCAUCCUUAUACAAGAUGAUUUCUUCUAUUAGCCAGUCAAUGCAAUGCCUGUGUCUUUUGGCGGAUAGGCUCACGUAUAUACACACACUGUUCCCACACACCUUGUGAUUUUAACCUCUGAUGCAUCUGAGACACUGACCAACCGGCUUAACAGUGUUUGCAUCAUUUAGCAUACCUUUACAAAAAAAACACACAGUAUCACAAUGCCAGAGACACAAACAUGCACUAACACAACGCUUGCAUGCAAAAUGAGUACAGAGAAUCAACAACAACAACAGAGCCAUUUAUGAAUCUGCAUACAGAAAACAAUCAGCAGUUGCCUGAAGAUAGAUCAUUAAUACUCCAAGGAGGAGAGACUGGUAUGUGUUUCUCUUCGGAGUCAUGCGUUUGGCCUACGUUUGGCCUACGUUUGACCCAGAUUAGUGGCCUGGGGUGGAGGCAUGCUAGAGACUUGCUGAGAAGAAAGGAUUGACACCGACUGCAGCACCCAGCCUACAGCUUCCUUUCAUCCUCCAACCAUUUUUGUUGUUGUAAAUUAUUGAAUGAAACUAAUAUGAGAAAUUUCUUCUGGCUUAUUUGAAGAGGUUAUAGGGAGGGAUUGAUGGUAAACUUAUGGAGCUGCUGAGAUAUGACUGUUCUAAAGAAGUAACUGACAUUUGUCCCCUUAUCUUGGAAGGUUUGAGGUUAGUGGACUUGGACGGGCGGUCAUGCUGACGACGACAGUUAGGGAGACAAAAUGUUGCACUUUUUUACUAGUUUUGUCGCACUUUUUCUGUUCUAGCUGUUCAUUUUUGCCACAAGUAGGGAGUCUAAAUGGAAGGGUUGCUUGGGGUAACAUAUUGAUAGGCCUAUCAGACACCCACGCGGUAUGUAUGUUAUAGUUUAUGAAUGUGUACUUAAUCUAACACCUGGUUAAAAACAUGAGGUUUAAUCAACUCCCAAAACAGUCAUUUGAAUGGACAGCCUUUUUUUGUUGUUUUAUAAUUGCAUGAUGGGAAAGCACAUCAUGUUUGUUAGAUAUUAUUGUUCUGGAAACAUCUAUAUUUACUAAAAAAAAACAAGAUUGAUCUGGUUUCAGAAACAAAUCUAUUUUUGUCCCCAAUGUCAUUCGACUACAGCUUUACACUGGGCCAACUUUCAAAACGCUGGCAUGCCUGGGAUAACAUAACAAUGAAACAAGAGAGAACAAACAAGAUCACAUUUCCUCUUUCCAAUGCUUUAUUAUAUGUGCCAUUUUCAAGAUUGGGCCAGUUGUGUUGUGUUUAAUAUAUAUAUAUAUAUAUGAUCCUGUCGUAUGGUUCUUUUGGGUAUGAUCCUGUUUCUGUAAUUAGGAGCCCAGAUGUAUAAUUGCACUAGCUAGGAAAUGAGAAAACAAAUACGUUUACAAGAGUAUUUUUGGAGAAAUGUGACCUGCAUGGAAGGGAGAUGAGUGACUGGUUGUUUGAGACUGUGGGUGAAUGUCAGCUGGUUUCUAGCCCUGGUAGAGCAUAGGAACAGUACUGUACAUUAAAGUACAGGAUCUUGGUGCCACAAGAUACAAUUAUUUUCUAGCAGCUUGUACAGUGUUGCAUCUGCUCAUAUAAAGUGGGCCGGAGAAUGGAAUAACAUUAACAAUUAUUUGAAAGAAAGGUGACCGACGUUCCGUCUUAAGGGCACUGGAGCUGCUGUGUGAUUUCAAUAAAGAAGGAUGGUGAAGAUGUCUGCCGAUGUCGGUGAAUACCCAAAUAUACAGUCAAACUUGCCAUGUUUGUUGGCCUAUUGAUAGGUUGUUCACUUAUUCUAUCUACAUCCCCAACAAGAAACCAAUUAUGUUCCUUGUUCUUUAUCUCAUCUAUAAUUAAACCUGCUUGUUGCAACUCAUUAAUAAGAUAGGACAGAUAGACGGUCUGAAUACCAAGCCUGUAAUAUAAGUAAUAACUGCUUUCUCCUUUUGUCGAUUUGCAUGUGCAACCACUACUGGCUCUAAGGGGAAGUGAAAUGCUUUCCAGUGCAAUACUGUCAUCAGGUAGGGAGUUUCCCUGUGAUGGGAAAUGUUGAUACGUGUCCUGUUCUGAAGAAGGUGCGGGGAUCAGUGCCUUAAUCGAGACUGCAGGGGAAGAGUGUAUUGUGCUUAAUCUGUUUGUUUUGGGACUUCGACAAAUAAUUAAACUAGCUUUAUUAGAGUCAUGAUGACAGAAUGGAGAGCCAGGUAUUGUUUUUUUAUGUACAGCUCUGAAUGCUAAGGUAAAAUAAGUGCUGACAAUAAAUAGGCUUUGUUUUCCCAGAAUACAUUGGCAGGCGAGGUUAGAAUGUUGGAAUGUUGGAGGGGGCUUAGAAAAGUAGCCCUUUACUGUGUGCUCCUGUAAGCAAAUAAUACAAAUAUUAAGACUCUGGUAUGGAGCGAUUUCAGUUUCAACAGAAAUUGUAUUUGAAUUCCAUAAUUUUUUAUUCGUAUUAGGAUAUUACAUUUGAAUUUAAUAUUUUUGAAUUUGUAAUGCACAAAUGCAUGAAUUGAACAUGUAUUUCAUGAUUUGAAACUGGAUUGAAUGAAUAUUGCAUUCAGUUUUAAAAUUAUAUUUCAAUUCAUUCAGUUUCAAUAUGGUAGAUAUUGCAUUCAUUGUCUGUUUAUGAAGUUUACAAACUAUAAUUUCAAAUUCAUCAAAGUUUCAUAUAUUCAAUUUCUCAGAUGAAUUCAGAUUUAGUUUUCAAAUUAAAUUCUCUAAAUGUAGAUUCAAAACUACAGACAACAUCCUUGUACUUUGCCAGCCAUGAGAGGUAGAGGAGAACAGAUGCUCUCUGUGGUAAACCAAAGCUUCUGGCGGUUUCUAAAGCCAAUUUUCUUCCUAUGAAUUUGUCUCAGCUGUUUUGGCUAUAAGCUAUUAUAACCCCAUUCCAGGAAGCUAAGACUCUCUGGAACAUGGACAUGCCUUCUGUUCCCGUCUAUGAUGAAUCACAGGUGCACAGGACACGUUAAAAGCGAGUGUCACACAAAAAAUGCUAUUUGGUCCCCAUAAGAAUAUAGUAGAAUAGCCCUGUCAUAGCUAUUCUAAGGAUAGCCUUUCCACUCCCUAUUUCUUAUUGUUCUUGUGACUGACUGGGUUAGAACCAGGUCUCUUGCAUGUCACAAGACUGUGUUAGCCCUCUAAGCUGAAGCUCAAAGGGAUGAGUUCAGGAAGCUAACACAAGUCUUAAUGUGUUCAGCAAGGUUACUCAUCAAAAGAGCGUGGUUCUUCAAACCAUCUCAGUUACAUUUCACCCCCCUUUGACCUCAUACUCAGAGAUCACGGCACCAAUAUAGCUAACUGGGUUCGAAAUCAGGCCUACUGAACAAAACAUUCUGUGGCAAACAGAAGCAGAAGGAUCUGUCCACCCCAUUUAAUGAGAGUGCAGCAGAGUUGGUUUGGUGAUCCAUGCAUGUGAUGAGCAACCUUGCCUGAGACCUGAAGACGUGUUUGUUUGACUGAUGGGGUUCUAACCCAGGGCUCCUGUGCGCCAGACAAUGCAAUUUUUUAGGUCUCAGACAAGUUACUCAUUAUGCGAGCGUGGUCACCGAACCACCUGUCUUACGCUUCACCACCCUUUGACCUCCUCCUUGAAGAGACCCUUCCUAGUCACAGAACCAAUGUCUAGGCUUUAGCUCAGCAGGCUAACACAGUCAACCCAGUAAAUCACGUUACUCUUGUAAUGACUAUCCUUGCCAGAGACUUGAAACUAACACGUCUAACACAAACUCAGACAUGUCAAACUAACACAUCUUUAGGUCUCAGGCAAGGUGGCUCAUCAAAUGAGCAUGAACCACCAAACACGCUCUUUUCAUGAGUCCGAGUCUCAGUAUGAGCUGAAUCAUUGGGAAGCAGUAACGUUAAAGGAAAAAUCCACCUAAAAAUGAUAUUUUGGUAUUUUUUUCAAUAAUACAGUCGCAAAAUAUUUUGCAUGUCAGCUGUUAACUUUUCUUUCAAGAUAUUGGACUUUCAAGAAGUAAAGUGUCACUUGCCACAUCAUCAUCAUGAUGAUGCAAAAUGCAUCAUAUGACGCAAAAGACAUAUGACGUGACACUUUGCUUUUUGAAAAUCCUAUAUCUUGUAAACCUGACUGCUGACAUGCAAAACAUUUUGGGAUUGUAUCAACAGUGGACUUUAAGAAAAAAAUCAAUAUUUUGGGUGGAGUUUUCCUUUUAAUAAGCCAGCAGCCAGCAGCCAGCAAAUCUCGGUCGUCCUUUACAUGAACUUCUUGAAUUUUUACCUAUAAUCAAAUCAAAAUCUAUUCAAAUUUCUAGGCUUUAGCUAAAUGGGCUAACACAGUCUUGUGACAUGCAGGAGAUCUGUUUCAAACCUUUUCACUCACAAGAGAAAUAUUAAAUAGGGAGCGGAAAGGCUAUCCUUCGAAGGGCUAUGACCGGGGCUAUUAAACUAUACAUUCUUAUGGGGGCCAAAUUGUGUUUUUUGUGACACUCCCUUCUUACGUGUCCUGCGCAGCCUGUGAUCAUUAUAGAGGUGAACAGAAGGCACGUCCAUGUUCCAGACUGUCUUAGCUUUUAGGAACCGGGUCAUAAUAGCUUAUAACCAAAAAUUAUUCAAACGCUAGAGCCAAAUUCAUAGAAAGAAAAUCAAUUCAACAUGUCACAUUGGCUCUAGAAGCUUCCGUUUACCACAGGGAGUGUUUGAUUCUAUCUGUUCUCCUCUACCUUUCCUGACUGGGAAAGUACCAGAAUGUUGUCUCUGGUUUUGAAUCUGAAUUUAGAGAACUUCUGCCCCUGAACAAGGCAGUAAACUCACUGUUCCUCGGGCCGUCAUUGAAAAUAAGAAUGUGUUCUUAACUGACUUGCCUAGUUAAACAAAAGUAAACUAAAAUGUGAAAAAAGGAAUUUGAAAACUAAAUCUGAAUGGAUCUGAUCAUUUGAAUAUAUGAAACUUUGAUACCCUUGAAAUGCUACUUUGUCAAAUUGAUACACAUACAAUUAAUGCAAUAUCUACCAUAUUGAAACUGAAUGUAUAAAUGUUGAAUUCUAAUAUUCAAUUCAAUUGAAAUAGAAUUUAAAACGGAAUGCAAUAUUCAUUCAAUUUAGUUUCAAAUCUUGAAAUACAAGUUCAAUUUAUGAAUUCAAUGAUUACAUUUGUGCAUUACAAAUUCAAAAAUAUUAAAUUAAAAUAUCCUAAUACAAAUACAAAAGUAUGGAAUUCACACUCAAUUUCUGUUGACACUGAAAUCGCUCCGUAUUCUGGACGCUCCAAUCCAUUUGCCUUCUUGAAUUGCAGCACAGUAUGUGUCAACACGAGAAACACUAUACUGUGACGUUUUGCAUGGGCAUGCUUCUAUAGGUCUAGCAAUUCUGACAGGCUAGAAUAGUGGCAUAUUAUCACAUACACAGUAGAUUAGAAACCUUUGUUAGUUUCAUGCUACUUGAUCAAAUAAUGACUAAGUUUACUCCACUUCUUGUCAGUAGUGAUCUAUACUGCCUGAGGAGCAGAAUAUUUAGUUAUUGAUGUUAUUUGUUAUUUCAAAACCACCUGAAUAACAUGUAGACUUGAUCAAUCUGAAAUAUAUAUCACACACUCAACAGUUAUCACCCUGAAUGAUCACAGACUGGAAAGGCUUUAAAUGAGCCAUGGAGUAGGCUACAGUAGUACAAACUUUACCCAUAUGAACCCUUGUUUUUAUACAUUGUCUUUGUUUAAUGCUUCAACCCGUUUAUAUCUGAUUCACUUCCAGCCUGCCUUACUGCAUCUGUUGUACCUAAAUCUUUCCAAGCCACACAACAAAAAAUGGGGUCGAAGUUAUAAAUGAAAUUAUGCUGCGCUAGAAAACUGAGUGAAACUCAGAGAAUGUUGUGGCUAACCUAAAGAGAGUGAGCUCUGUUUGUGGUUGCUGAAAAGAAUGCUGUCCCAUAUGUAUGUAAUAUAAUGUUCUAGUUUACAAUGUUUACUUAGUGUAGCUAUUUCUUCAAAUAGAGGCCUAAUCUGAAACAGCAUUUUAGUCCAACUUGUCCAACAAAACUGUAUGAACACAAUGAGCAGGAAAGAUUGUGGGAUUGUAGCGAGUGGGUGCUGAGGUCCACCAAUUUGGCAACGCGCUAUGGAAGGUCUACACACAGUAGCCUACACUGAGCUGUUAAGUGUUCCCCGUACCAACUGCUCUGUGUGCCAUUUGGUUACCCAAUUCCUACAGAACCCACUUAUACAGUGCUCAUUCCUCUAGUGUGGUGGUCAUGGAAGGAGAGGUUCUACACUAACUACAGGUCCUUUCGUAUGGAUUGCCGAUAUGACGAAAUCCGUCAUGAAAUCCCUGUGUGUUUCUUCUUAGGAUCAGUGCCGAAAUAACAACAGGUCUUUGUUCAAUGACUGUAAUAUAAUGCAUGCUGAAACAUUGAGACGCCCAUUAAAUUAGUCCUACGUAACUGAGUCCAUGAUCUAGACACACCAUGCAAUUAAUUUCAAAGGUAUAUCAGGCUCUUUGCUGUAGUCAGCUCUGAGCCUAGGACAAAGAAAAAGAUCCUAUUUGAGUGCAUUUUGUCUACCGAUACAAAACCUCCUAUUGACCGUUUGCAUAAACCCACCCAGCUUACAGAAAUUGUAAUAACUACAGUAAGGCUUGAGGUAUCGUAAAACUGACUACUGUAAUGGAUGUGCAUGUGAACCUAUAGACCGACUCGGAAAAUAACUGCACUAAGUUUGUUUGUUUGUCUUUGAACAUAAUGCCAGCACUUUAGAAAUAAUAAAGUAAAAAAUUAUUUCAAAAUGUAAGAGUGAAGGUUGGAGGACAGUCUUAAGUCUCUGGGAGCAACCUUUAAAGCCAUGUUCUUAGAGCGCUGACAAUCAGAACAGGGAAGACCCACCUGCACUAUGGGAGAUGUGUCAUCAAUAGCUGGGCUCCUGCUAAUUCCUGCCUUGUUGCUUCCAGCUUUGCUAUUGGUCCAUGUGAGCUACCUACUCCAGAACGGAGGCCUGUGGCAGUGCCAACUCUGGCCCUCAGGGUUGCCUAGGCAACUGCAUGUUCUCUGUGCACCUCUCUUAGCUACUCUAGAUUUGACUGAGAACCUGAUUGAUCUAGGACCUGCUGUGUUUUUUACUUCUAAAUGUCACGGUCAGGAUGAGGAUCAUUUAAAUUGAUCCUAGAGCAGCACUUUGGGGUAACUUAGCUUACUUGACAAAUCUAGGCCUUUAUGACAACCCACAGGGCAUACACUGCUUGAAUCAACGUUGUUUCCACAUCAUUUCAAUGAAAUGACAUUGAACCAAUUUGGAAUAGACGUUAAAUUGAUGCUUGUCCCCAGUGGGAAGUGACUUUUGACAUUUGUCGAUGUCUGAGAGAUUGAGUUCCAUUAAGCUGGAACCUGGCCAAAAUGGGACAGGAGAAUGGGGUUGGUUUUAAUGGGGGUGGAACUCUGUGACCGCUUUAUAUUUGAAAAGAUAAUGAUUAAAAUGUAUAUGCGCCUUCUGACUCAAGCAUCAAUAAUAUAUACACGAGGAAACACAAGAUGCUACUUUUGAUGUUGCAUAAAGAACAAACAAAUCUCCAUUCCAAAUAUGUUUUUUCCUUCCACCGCCAGUUUUAGUUGAGGUUGACAUUGUGUAGUUCACGAGUAAAUUGAUUUCUUUCAAAUGCAAUACUUUGAAGUCUGCCUUCUAAUAAAACUCCUUACUUCAACAUA